AUGUCAGCCCCAAGUCAUGCAAUUGCAAAGGCUGUGGUUGCUACAGCUGGUGUUAUGCUACUUAUUGCUAUGGUUUUUGUUUACUUCUUUCACAAAUUUGUUCUUGCUCGAUACCACCAGAGACACAAAGUUGCUGCAAUUCUUCGAGAAUCAGGAGUGAAUCAUGAGUAUAUAAAGAAAGUUGGUGGUAAUGUGAAGGGACUAAUUGUUGAAGAAAAUGGGGUUGAUAUUCUUUAUAUGAUGGAAACAGAAAGCAGGCAAUUGAUAACCGUAUUCCCAAAUAGUAUAAUCAAUCCUAGUUUUGAAGAAGAUGAAGAAGAAAAGAGAAUAGAUAUAAUGGUCCAAAGAUCCAGACCAUCCAAGCCUCAGAUUCCUCUUGUACGUGAAUCUCCAAGCUGGAUUGGCCAUGAAAAUCUAGUGAAACCACUAUCACAAAUAUCAACUCUACCAUCUUCAGUUUCAUCAUCAUUAGCAACAAGAGAAGGUGCAGCAGUAACACCACCUCCUGGUCCUCCUCCACUUCCAAAAGCUAGUGGCUUCAUUUCAUCACUGAAACCCCCACCUGCUCCUAAAGGGAAAGCAAGCAUAAAAAACACCAAAGAGGCUAUAGUAGGUGAGAGCUCAAGAGAGAAAGUAGUUGGCCAAACAAGGCUGAAGCCUCUGCACUGGGAUAAGGUUGUAGCAAAUGUUGAUCAUUCAACCGUGUGGGAUCAGAUCAAUGAUGGGUCUUUUCGGUUUGAUGAUGAACUAAUGGAAACACUCUUUGGAUACUCAACCAGCUACAAAACCCACGAAAGAAACAGAAGUCUUUCCACUCUGGCCAAGUCCAAUUCCAAUACACCAGCUCAAAUAUUCAUUCUUGAGCCAAGAAAAUCUCAAAACACUGCAAUUGUGUUAAGAUCACUUGCCAUUUCUCGCAAGGGAAUAUUGGAUGCACUACUUGAUGGCCAGGGACUAAGUGUUGAGACACUUGAAAGACUCACUAAAAUAGCUCCCACCAAAGAAGAAGAAGCCAAAAUCAUCCAAUUCAGUGGCAACCCAGAUAAGCUUGCUGAUGCUGAGUCUUUCCUAUACUACAUCCUCAAAGAAGUUCCAACAGCAUUCAACCGCUUGAAAGCAAUGCUUUUCAGAUCAAGUUAUGAUUGUGAAGUUCUUCAGCUUAAGGAACACCUUCAAACACUUGAAAUGGGUUGUAAGGAGCUGAGAACUAGUGGUCUAUUUUUGAAACUCCUUGAGGCCAUUCUCAAAGCUGGGAACCGGAUGAAUGCUGGAACUUCAAGAGGCAAUGCACAAGGUUUCAAUCUAAGUGCUCUUGGAAAGCUUUCUGAUGUAAAAAGCACAGAUGGGAAGACCAGUUUGCUUCACUUUAUAGUGGAACAAGUGGUUCAGUCUGAAGGAAAGCGACAAGCUAUUUAUCAAAAGCACAACCUUCGCAUAAGCAAUGGUGAAACAAGCAAUGAGAAUAGACCUUAUUUUUAUUCACAUAGCAUGAUAUCACAAGAAGCAGAGAAAGAAUAUGUAAUGUAUGGUUUGAAAGUGUUGGGUGGGUUAAGUGAUGAGUUAUCUGAAGCAAAGAAAGCAGCUAGUAUUGAGUAUCACAAUUUGAUCACUAUGUGUUCCACUCUCAAUGCUCAUGUUAAUGAAAUUCGACAGAUUAUAACAUGUUGUGGCAACACUAAGAGAGGUGGAUUUAUCAAUGAAAUGAAAGGGUUUCUAGAGGAAUGUGAAGAUGAGCUUAAGGUGGUCAAAGAGGAGCAGACAAGGAUCAUGGAGCUUGUGAAGAAAACGAACGAGUACUAUCUAGCUGGAGCGUCCAAAGACAAUUUGUCAAAUCCCUUUCAACUGUUUGUUAUUGUAAAAAAUUUUGUUCACAUGGUAGAUCAUGCUUGCAUAGAAUUGAAAAGGAAGCUAGAGAAGAAGAAUAUAGGAGUAGAGGCUGUAUCAACACCACCUUUGUCACCGUCAAAGAGGACACCACUCAGAUUCCCUAACUUUGAUUUGUAUUUUCUGUCAAAUAUGUCAGUAGCUUCUUCUUCCAGUCAAUCAGAAGCUGAUUUCUGA